AUGCACAUCCUCACCACCCCCACCUCCCUCCUCGCGGCCCUGGCCACCACCACCACCGCCCUCAACACGCUGAAGCCCGACGGCAAGCGCUGCAUCGCCGGGUACGCGAACGAGUACGCCUCCAUCACUUCAACGCUGGCAGACCUUCACCUCCGUGCUGCCCUACACCGUCGACAUGUUCGCUACGCCGGUCAGGAUAUCCAGUUCAAGGCCGACAGCAUCAACUGCGUCUGCGGGAAGGAUGAUACUGUCUUUAAUGCUAAGGGGUAUUGUGCUUCCUACUUUGAUUGUCCUCUGUAA